AUGAAGCGUACAUAUGAGAAUGCCCUCAAACUCCUAGAGACGCGAAGGCGAAAAGCGCGACCGAAGACGCCCGCCGUCUCCACUCUCAAGAAUGUGGCCACUGCGACGGACAGCCAGAGUCUCAGGGGACUGCCAAGCCUGGUAGGGAUGAGGGAGUGGCUGCAGCUUCUAGGCCACACGGACGACGAUGUCAACAAAUUGAACAUAGUCCAUAUUACCGGAACCAAAGGCAAAGGAAGUACUUGCGCUUUCACGCGCAGCUUUCUGCACACACAUGGAUUGAGGACGGGGUUCCCUAAUCGAAUCGGACUGUAUACGUCCCCGGACCUGCAAUGCGUUCGUGAGCGAAUCCAGAUCAACAAUCAUCCGAUCACGGAGGAGUUAUUCACGCGAUACUUCUUUGAGGUAUACGAGCGGCUUAUAUCUCCGGACAUAGAGCAAGACGGGAAGACCAAGCGACAGCCGCGCUACUUGCAGUUCUUGGCCUUACUGGCUUUUCAUUCUUUCAUCAGAGAAAAUGUCCAGGCAGCGAUCUUCGAGACUCACCAUGGCGGAGAGUACGAUGCUACUAACGUGAUUCAGAAACCAGUCGUGACUGGGAUAACGUCAUUGGGACUCGACCACAUUGAUCAGCUCGGCCCGACCAUCGAAAAUAUCGCCUGGCAUAAGUCCGGGAUCUUCAAACCUGGCGCACCUGCAUUCUCUGUGCCGCAGGAAACCGGUCCGUCCGAAAUGCUGAAAAGCCGUGCAGCGGAGCGAAACACAGCUUUAAAAUUUGUCUCUACCGAUGGUUGUCUUCCACCUGACAAUAGAGCACUCAGUGUGCCGGUCCAGCGACUGAACUGCUCCCUGGCCCUCGAACUUGCCAUGGCCUUCAUACAACUAAAAGAGCCGGGGCAAACUCUAAACGCAGACGAUGUCAGUGAUGGAAUCAAGAAUUUUUCGUGGAUUGGGAGAUUCGAGGUCAUCGAUGACGGAGCAUCUCAGUGGUUUAUUGACGGGGCGCAUAACACGCUGAGCUUGGAACAGACUGGGGUCUGGUUUGCGAAAAACAUCCACGCGGAAAGCCCGCAGAAAUGCCGCGUGCUGAUUUUCAGUCAUUUCUCGGAGGAGCGCGAUGGGUUCCAGCUUCUGGAAUGCAUCGCACGCACGCUGCUUGACAAUGAUGCGAAGCCAGAUCAUGUUAUAUUUACUACAUAUCAAGAGCGGGAGGAUGGGACAUCCAGAAUCGUUAAAACACUUAAAGUACCGGAGACGCCUUUCCCUGAUCUCUGCGGGAUAUAUUCAUCGCUGUGGAAAGCAUUUGAUCCCCAAGCUACCGUGUCAACUGACCCGACGAUCGAGGGAGCGAUUAAACAGGCCAAAAAGAUAGUGGCACAGGAGGACGGUGUGCAGGUGCUUGUUACAGGCAGUUUGCAUUUGGUUGGAGGCGCGCUGAAUCUCCUGCGACCGUAA